AUGCCACGGGCGUUGGAAAUUGUGGCGCAUCUGAUUUCGGAGGGAAAAGCUCACGACAUAAUCGUAAUGGCAGGUGCGGGCAUCAGCACAGCCAGUGGCAUUCCUGAUUUCAGAUCUCCUAAAACAGGGCUGUAUGCCAAUCUCAAGAAAUACAAACUACCUUAUCCAGAGGCAAUAUUCGACAUCAACUACUUUAAGAUGCGACCCUCAGCGUUCUAUACUCUUGCCAAAGAAUUGUAUCCUGCGGGAAAAUACCGGCCAAACAUAGCGCAUUACUUUUUUCGACUCCUCAAUCAGAAGCGUCUACUCAGGCGUGUGUACACUCAAAAUAUUGAUGGACUCGAAAGAGUAGCUGGAGUACCGCCAAGCAAGUUGGUUGAGGCCCACGGCACCUUUGCCACCGCGCAGUGUCUAAAAUGCGAAAAAUCCAUUCCUGCGAGGAUGGUCAAGGCAGCAAUUGAUAGAGGGAAGGUGGCACGAUGUUACCGUUGCAGAGGAUUAGUGAAACCUGACAUUGUCUUCUACAAUGAGGACCUUCCAGCCAAGUUCUGGCGCUACCGAGACGACAUUCCAAAGGGGGAUCUAAUCAUAGUGAUGGGCACUUCUCUGGAGGUGCAGCCCUUCUCCAGGUUGAUUGUUGCCACUCCAUCCAACACACCGCGUGUGCUCCUCAAUAAGCACAUCGUUGGACCAUUUAAAACACGUCGCCGACCCAAGGAUUUCGUUGCUCUUGGCGACAUAAGCACACUCAUUCGUGAAUUGUGCGCAUUGCUGGAAUGGACAGACGAACUAGAGAAUUUGAUGCGAGACGCCGAGUUGAAACGGAUUGACUACAUUGGCCUCAGUCCCCUCAACCUAAGUGCCAUGCUAAGACUUCGAAGUGAGCGUCGCCAGCGCAGCGACUCUAAGUCGGUGAGAAAUAGCUGUCACACAACAACUAACAUCUCCUCCAUUCUACCCAACGUCUGCCUCGAUGAAGAGAUGGAAAUGCGGGCUUGUAUGGCCUCCUCAGAGGUAAUGCCUGCUCCUGUUCCAGUGGGGCAUGACGACAAACGGAGGCGACUCAUCAGCAUUGCCCGUGAAUGUCACAGCGCUGAGGGAAUGCAAACGCUCCCUCCUUCACAGCAUCGGCUUCGAGGUCUAUCUGUGCCUCCACUAGGGUGCAAUGUUGAGGAAAGUGGUGAGGGAGGUCAAAUCACCGAUGAAUUGAAGGCCAAAUCUGAGAUAAAGGUAAACAAAGAGGCAGUCGGGCUCCACAGACACCUUUCGGAGCUGCACAUCACCACGCACAGCGGAGAGUGGAACUAG